UUUAAUUGAUUAAUAACAAGGAGAAGCUUUGAGCUGUUAAUAUAUUUUUAUAAAGGAUGUCAGCAGAUCUUCUUUCGGAUACAAGUGAUCUUUAUUCACUAUUUUCACUUACAGAAAAAGCCACACCGGAAGAAAUUAAAAAGGCAUAUUACAAGUUAGCACUUCAAUAUCACCCAGAUAAACAGAUUUCUUCCACAGUAGAAGAACGAGAAAAGAAAACAAAAAAAUUUCAAGCUUUAGGAUUCGCCUAUUCUAUACUCAGUGAUCCAAAAAAAAGAGAAAAGUAUGACAGAACUGGAGAAACAGACGACCUACCUGGUAUAGAGGACUUAGGAAAAGAUGGCUGGGAUGCCUUUUUCAAAGAGUUAUGGUCUGGUAUUGUUAACGCGAAGUCAAUAGAAGAAUUUAAAGAGAAAUAUCAAGGAACUGAAGAAGAACAUAAAGAUCUUAUCGAAGCCUACAAUAACUUUAAAGGUGACAUGGAUAAAAUCAUGGCCAACGUGCCAGGUUCUAGUGCAGAUGAUGAGCCACGAUUCCGUGAAGUUCUUAAAGAUGCUAUAAAAUCCAAGGAAAUCCGGUCGUACAAAAAGUUUAUAGAAACUUCUAAUUCGUCAUCUAUGAAUAGACGUAAAAAGGAAGCAGAACGUGAAGCUAAAGAAGCUGAAGAGAUGGCGAAGAAAUUUGGAUUAGAUAAAAAAUUGUUGGGAAGUAACGAAGGCGAGGAAGAGCUAAAACAAAUUAUAGUUAUGAAACAAAAGAAACGAAUGAGCACGUUAGUUGAAAGUUUAGAAGCUAAAUACGGUGGUAAUGAAAGUAAGAAAGCGAAGACUACUGGCAAAGGAAAAAAGAACAAGAAAAUGAUAGAAGAGCCAACUGAAGAGGAAUUCCAAGCAAUACAAGAAAAAAUCAAGGCAAAGAACAAUAAGGCAUAAGAAGCGUUAUUCGUCUGAUCUUUGAAAUAAAUGACUCGUAACAUUCCAUUGUUUAAUUACUGGAGUUCUCAUUGAUCUAUCAUAGCCCAAUACACACAACCCCUAUUAUAAACAAAGUUUUAGUAUCAAAACUACAAAAGUGACUUUUACUUUUAUGUUACUCACCGCGGUAUCAACAAUAAAAUGUCUUCCAGAUUCAGGUGGCAUAUUCAACCAUCUACAUGCCAAAAUUCUCAAUAAGUGAGAAUGGGCAACGACAAGGACGUCACCACUUGGUGAACUGGGAUUGUUGUCCAUAUG